ACAGGCGGGGGCACUGCAUGACUCUCUGGCCUGACAGAUGUUUCCUUUUCCAGCCCAUUCACCCCCACCCUCUUCAAAGCAUAUACUUCUGGUCUGUCAUACAUACAACUUAUCCGAUCCUCCUUGGAUGCUCUGCAAACUGGCCACACUGCUGAAUGUUUUCCUUGUGCUCUAAGAACAUGAGCAAACUUUCCUUCACUCUCCAGAUGUUUAGACUGAUUCUAUUUGCCUCCGGAGCCUACGGUAGUAAUAUCUGUACCACGCGAGGGGUCAACUCAUGUCAACAAUGCUUGGCUGUAAGCCCACUUUGUGCUUGGUGCUUCCAGGAGGACUUUUCCUCAGGAGAUUCUCGUUGUGACCUGAAAGAAAAUCUUAUUCAAAAUGGCUGUGCAGAUGAUUUGGAGUUUCCAACUAGCACCACCACUAUCUUGGAAGCCAGGCCUCUUAGCAACAAAGGCUCUGGAGGCAGCAUCACCCAAAUGUCCCCACAGAAGAUUGAGCUCCACCUGCGACCAGAUGACUCGCAAAUAUUCUCAGUUCAAGUGCGGCAGGUGGAAGACUACCCUGUGGACAUCUACUACCUGAUGGACCUGUCAAAUUCUAUGAAGGAUGAUCUCCGCAAUAUCCAAAACUUAGGUACCAAGCUAGCUGUGAAAAUGGCUGAAGUGACCAGCAACCUGAGAAUCGGUUUUGGAGCCUUUGUGGACAAGCCCAUGCCCCCUUAUAUGUACAUCUCCCCUCCAGAAGCCAUUAAAAAUCCAUGUUACGAGUAAGUUCUCCAAGAGCAAAUAUUGCUGGGUAGAAAAGCUGUUUUCACAUUAAACUUCUAGGACUGCCAAAUUACUCUUCAUUUACAGGUACUGACUUUCAAUGAGGAGGUAAAAAAGAAAGCAAGGAUUUCAAGGAACCAUCAAUGCACACCUGAAGGAGGUUUGAUGCCAUCAUCAAGCAAGUGUGUCUGUGAUGAAAAAAUUGGUUGGAGACCAGAAGCCUCCCACUUAUUGGUUUUCACUACAGAUGCAAAGACACACAUUGCUUUAGAUGGGAGGCUGGCAGGAAUCGUAACACCCAACGAUGGACAGUGCCACAUUGACAGCAACAACUUUUAUGCGGCUUCUACCCUGCUGGAUUACCCAUCCCUCGGCCUGAUGACUGAUAAACUCUCCCAGAAAAACAUCAACUUGAUUUUUGCUGUGACAAAAGCCAUUGUGGGGUUGUAUCAGAACUACAGUGAGCUGAUUCCUGGCACAACUGUAGGAACCCUAUCAGGUGAUUCUAGCAAUGUUUUGCAGCUUAUUUUGGAUUCUUAUGAGAAAAUUCGUUCCAAGGUGGAGCUUGAAGUGCGUAACUUGCCGGAGGAAUUGUCCCUAUCAUUUAACGCCACCUGCCUUAAUGGUGAAGUUACCCCUGGAGUUAAGUCUUGUGGUGGUCUUAAAAUUGGGGACACGGUCAGCUUCAGCAUUGAGGCCAAGGUGCGCGGUUGCCCCCAGGAGCGACAGAAGUCUUUCACCAUCAAGCCAGUGGCCUUCAAGGACAGCCUGACGGUGGUAGUGAACUUUGACUGCGAUUGUGGGUGCCAGCGCGAUGCCAAGCCCAACAGCCCUUUAUGUUUCUUUGGCAAUGGCACCUUUGAGUGCGGCAUGUGCCGGUGUAAUCCAGGCCGGCUUGGCUCGCACUGUGAGUGCUCUGAGGAAGAGUACAGCCCCAGUCAGAAGGACAACUGUACCCCCCGUGAGGGGCUUCCACUAUGCAACCAGCGGGGCGAAUGCAUUUGCGGCCAGUGUGUGUGUUACAGCAGUGACUUUGGCAAGGUCUCUGGCAAGUUCUGUGAAUGCGAUGACUUCUCCUGUGUCCGCUUUAAGGGGGAGCUGUGCUCAGGUCACGGGAAAUGUGUUUGUGGGGACUGUGCAUGUGACCCGGACUGGACGGGAAUCUACUGCAAUUGCACCACCCGGACUGACACCUGCAUGUCCAGCAAUGGGCUGGUAUGCAGUGGGCAAGGGCGGGGCUACUGCGCCUGUGGGAAAUGCAUCUGCACCCAGCCUGGCUCUUACGGUGACACCUGUGAGAAGUGCCCAACCUGUCCUGAUGCCUGUACCAUCAAGAAGGAGUGUGUUGAAUGCAGGAAGUUUGAGAGGGGGACGCUGAUGGAGCAAGACACCUGCAAUCGAAACUGCCGGGAUGAGAUUGAUUCUGUGAAAGAGCUUGGAGAUCAUGGAAAAGAUGCUGUGAACUGUACAUACAAGGAUGAGAAUGACUGUGUGGUCCACUUUCAGUAUUAUGAAGACUCCAGUGGCAAGUCCAUCUUGUAUGUCAUCGAUGAACCAGACUGUCCCAAAGGGCCUGAUGUCCUGGUAGUCCUGCUUUCAGUGACAGGAGCCAUCUUACUUAUUGGCUUGGCUGCCCUGCUCAUCUGGAAACUACUCAUUACAAUUCAUGACCGGAGGGAAUUUGCCAAAUUUGAAGAAGAGAGAGCUAGAGCAAAGUGGGACACGGCAAACAACCCGUUAUAUAGAGGAGCCACAUCCACAUUCACCAACAUCACAUACCGUGGGAAUUCGUGAGGGGAGCCUGGGCCAGGAAGGGCCCUUCUUGCUCAUGUUUACAGAACAUGAGUUCUUGCUGGCUUGUGUGUUGUGUAUGUUUUGUGUUUGUGUGUGUGUGUCAUAUUUUAACAGUAGUUUGCUCAAGGGCCUUUGCUCUGUAUGUUCCACUGUCCUGUGUGGAUAUUUGCAUCAUGAUCCUUCCAAGAGACUCUGUUUACCUCAGCUCGCACGCGGGCCAUACCCGAACACUGAAGAAGGAGAAAAUGGGACUGUCUCUUCAAUGGGGAUAGAGUUGUAUGAAUCCCCAUUGGCCACAAGAUGCUGUAGCUGAAUAAAGUUCAGGGGCAGGGUAUGUGGGCAGGGGGACUUGGAACAUGAUUUAACUCAGAAGAGUUUUUACUGAUAAAGUUUAGAAACACUGGAUUCAAAAACAAACUCCUCCAUUUGGGAACGCUUAAGCCCAUUUUAUACUGAGCCUAACCUCCCUCUGCAUUCCUAAGGGACCAACCUGGUUCCUAAGGGACCAACCAUCCCCAUGCUACCACCACGAUCCUUUUCUGUUUCAAAUUGAAAAAAAGAAGAGUUUGUAUUUAUAUGUUGCCUUUCUAUCGUGCAAGGAGACUCAAGGCAGUUUACAAACUCCUUCCUUUCCUCUCCCCACAACAGACUCCUUCUGAGGUAAGUGAG